UUUUAAGAAAGCGGCGCAACAAAUUGUUAUUGAAAAAGCUGUUUACAUUUGUUCAGCGUUUGCCAUGCCGCGUUCUCAGGCGACUGACGAUACAAAUUGCCGAUGUAGCUAUUGCCAGGCUGCUAUAGAGGAUGACAACUAUUUGGAUUGUCAGAAAUGUGAGCAGAGCGUGCACAUCAAGUGUCUGCCACAUGCCAGCACGCCUGGUGAUUUACUCGGUGAUGUCUUCUUCGAUUUCACGUGUAUCAAAUGCGUACGCAACGAGCAAGAUGCAGGCGAAGUAGUUCCCAAGGAGCGCUUUGUGCGGCAACGCAUACCCUGGCUGUUAGUGUUGACGCUGACUCUCUAUAAUUUAUCACUCAAAUCGAAGGGCUUGAGCCAUCACGGAUAUUUCCACUGGCGGACGCACAUCAUCAGCUUUGUUGACAAGAACUGGAACUACAUUUUUGAGCCACAUGUACGUCGUCGAAAGCAAUGGGCAGGUUCUGUUUCGGGCGCUUUGUCCCACAACAGCCCCGAGUAUUUUCAGUCUGGUGUCAGUGUGUGCCUGGAACAUGGUUGGUGGAAACUGGCUAAACCGAAUUUAACGCCACGCAGCGUGCGCGCUGAAUAUGAGCAGCGACUGUUAGAGCGUCAGCAGUUCCGCACGGAUCGUCGCUUACCAGCACUGGAUGAGACCAGUUGCAGCAGCGAUCUAUCUGUCACGGAUCAUCUGAGCGACAUCCAACCAACCCAUACCAUAACAGAGGAAAUUACAGAACGUCUGCCGGCUGCGCCGCCCAGCGAGGGCUGUGCGCGUGCCAUUCCGUACAUGGGUCGCCUGCCGAAGUUCCCAAUCGUAGGGCAACCAACAGAGUCACAGCAACAGGAGGAACGUGAGGAGCUGCAACAGUCAGAGGAGUCAGAGGCGGCCGCAUUGCUACCGUCGCUCAGCAGCGUUCAGGCAAGCCUGAUGGAUUUUCUGGCCGAAAGCUUAGGUGGCGAUGAUCUUAGCAUGUUUAUGCCACCUCCGUUGAUUGGUGCUGGCUGCAAAGGAGAUUUUUUCAUGUCAGAUGCCCUACUGGAAGCGCCGCUCGAAGUACCACUGGAAACGCCCGGCAACGGCGUUAGCCUGUUUGACCUGGAACAUAAUUUUGUCUUGCCGCCGGCAGAGUCUGUUGCGACUACAGCCGAGACGGAAACGAGGAUGGAGACACAAAUGGAAACGAAGGCUGGACAGCAAAAGCUGUCGUCCAGCAGCUCUGAAAGCGAAGAGGAGCCCAUGGAGGCAGAGCAGCAGACGGAGGAGAGCAACACGUAUCAGCCGCGCAUAGUACAGGUGACGAAUUAUCAGGCAGAGGAGCAGCAGCAACAGCAGGAGCAGUCACAAAUCAAGGAGGAGCCGCUGGAGUUGAAAGAAGAGCAGGAUGAUCUGCACCUGGAGACAGCAGCUAAAGACAACAUCAAUCUGGAGCCUUGUAAGCCAAGCGGCUUUCUAAGGCAACCGCGUCGAAACUGGCCCUGGCUACAGGAGACGGCAAUCGAGCCGGUCUCGCAUCAGGAAGGUCCACAGCAACAGCUUCGUCCAAUGACUUUACAUGAAGAGCAACAGCUCUACCACCAACUGCACAAAAUUUUCAUGCUCGACCAGCAAAGUCAGAGUGAUAUACCCGCCUAUGUGCGCCGGCUCUACCGCAAGAUGUGCGUGCGCAAGUGGAAGCGGGAGCAUAAUCGACCCAUAUUCAAUCUGGAUGAGCACAUAGAUCCCAUGGCGCGUGCCCGUCUGCAGCUGGCGAAGCAGCAGUCGCAAAUUUUAGAUCGCUAUCAGCUGCUCGAGCAGGGCAAUCCAAACAACCGCAGUUCAUUUUAUGCCCGCAUUGUCGGCAGCACCGAAUACGAACUAUUCGAAUCGCCAUACACCCAGCGUGUCCUGCAUCCGUUCAUAUAUCGCAGCCAGAGUAUGGGUCCGCCUUGGCUGCGUCUGAUGUGCGAGCUUCAGCAUCGCGUCAAUCGAUGUUAUCCCAGCCGCUCCACCAUAGACUUCUGUUACGUGCGCCCUCAGCAUAUACCAGCAGUCAAUGCGCUGCUCCAGAGCGUUUUCUGGCCGGGUAUCGAUGUGAGUGACUGCCUCAGCUAUCCGGACUACAGCGUGGUCGCGCUCUAUAAAAAGCUGGUCAUUGGAUGUGGUUUUCUGGUGCCGGAUGUGGGCUACAAUGAGGCGUACAUUUCCUUUAUGGCCGUGCGCCACAAUUGGCAGCGUGCUGGAAUAGCCACCUUUAUGCUGUACCAUCUCAUUCAGACUUGCAUGUCCAAGGAUAUUACACUUCAUGUCUCCGCCAGCAAUCCGGCAGUAAUGUUGUAUCAGAAGUUUGGUUUCAAGAUUGAAGAAGUGAUCCUCGAUUUCUAUGACAAGUAUUUACCAAUGGACUCCAAGCAGAGUCGAAAUGCAUUCUUUUUGAGAUUGAUGAGAUGAGUAAUCUGAGCAUACGCCAAAAGUUGC